UUGUUUUAAAUAACUGUACUUAAAAGCGUUAGAAGAGUGAAACUCAGAUUUACUGUAACAAAGGAAUAUAAUAAAAUUUGUAGAAACAGAAUAUUACAGUUAAAUGUUAAAUUUUAACUGUAUCCACAGUGUACGCUACUGUCUGAGUCUUGUGCAUCUUAUAAAUGGCGCAUGCGUCAUAAGAGCCUGACGUACACUUGAUCAUUCUUAUUUUUGGCUUUACUUGUUAGCUUGAUUUCAAAGCUAAGUGUUCUCAGCAGUUCCUAGAGAGAGUCUUUUGACGAAGGAGUCAGUUUGUUUAAAGUAUUAGUAAAAAAUGACAGAUACUAAAAUGGAUUAUCGUGCGAAUGGUAGAAGCAAUGGAUACGUGGGAACGUAUGUAACAGAAGGACAGAACGGUUUUCGUACAAAGUUACAAAUAAACGAGUGGACAUUUAGUUUAUUUCUAUUUGUCCUGUCAUUGGGAAUCGUCAUUGGAAAACUAUUCGUCAGUUACGGAGGUGCAUUGCAUUGGCCAACUAACGGCCAAUACACUCUACCAUCGCUACCAACCCUUUCUCGUGUUUCCCAUCUAUCCAACGUUCUAAAUCUGCCUCAUUCAGUUGAGUUUGAUGGGAAACAAUUGGCUUCAGCCAGUGAGAAAUUUUUUAAUGCCAGUCGUCGAUAUGAAGAGGCUGUAUCUGAUGCUGUAAUUGGUAUAUCCAGUAGAUACGGAUGGUUGAUAAGGGCGGCAUUGAGUGGGCUGGCAAUGAUGGGUUUCACGUGGUUUAUCAUAUACAAGGACAGCAGUAUUCCUGGAGUCAACCCACCAUCGCCCUUUAGCCCUUCAAAACAACGUUUUCUUAAAAUAUAAAGAAUUCCUGCAAGUUCCAGAUUGCAGAUAAACUAUUUUGUUGGAGUUUUGAUUGGAUUUCUGAUUUUUGUCUACAUGUGCCUCUAAUGUCAACUUCUCCAUGAAGUGUUCAUUAUGCAACGAAAUUUACUACUGCAGUUCAUAUGCUAUGUUACUUCAAAGCAUACCCUGUUAUUCGGUUAUGUCCCUAUUUAUUUAAAUAUUUAAAUCUCUAUUGCUACUGCUACAAAGCAUGAUCAACAUUAGUAAUUAUAUAAAUAAGUAUUAAGUUAUUUACUAAACGAAGAAUAUAUGUAUUAAUUUAUGCAAUACGGGUGGUUCAAAAGUAUUUCUAGUAUGGUACACAAAGCUGUGCCACAUAUAAAUAUCACUCUCAGGCUUGUUUGAUAUAUGAGUAGAGAAAAGUUGCGAGUACAUUAUGUACUAAAAGAUAAAGAAUGUAUAUACAAAUGCGUGCUUCUAAAAAGAAAUGAGUUCUAUCAAAAUAUUUAAUGUCAAGCACACAAAGCUAUGUUGUGCUACAUUCAUACUUACUACUGAUACUAUUAUACUUUUGCAAACUUGCAUCUGAACGGUUGCUAUGGUACAAAUAGAUUUUACUAAUAUUUAAAAACGUUAUUUAGCGUUUGUAUUAUAAGUAUCAAGUAUUUAAGACUGACUAAUCAGCCGCAAGAUUAAUUAAUUCCGGUGUACUGUGCAGCUCAGUGUUUACAUAAUGUUGUUUUACUUCUUCUUUGAUACUAAAUAACUUUUUGUUUGUGUACUUAUAAAAACUGAUCUGAUAUGUACCUUGCUGUGAUCCUAUUAUCUCUUUUCAAAUGAAUUAUUCAAUUAGUUUGUGCUACCAGUGCUUUACUACAAUUCAAUAAUGAACAAUGAUUAUAAUGCAUUUACUAAUUAUGUGUUAUGAUCAAAAUUAUGAAUUUGAGCAUUAUUAAAAUACCAAUGUGUCAUUUUAUUUGCUUAAAAUUAACUUACAUUAAAAAGUGUAUUAUUUAAAAAUUUUUUUUUUUAAUAAUUUUCAAUUAUAAUAUACCUAACUUGAUAUUUGAUGUUAAAAAAAAGGUAUAUUAUCAAUUGCACUGUAAAACUAUAGAAUUAAAAAACAUUGUUCAUGUG